UGUUACCCCGCUGCAGCAACCCAACAAACAAAACCAAAUAUUGGGGCGGAAAAUUCACUUCUCACCCGUUUUCCUUGGCUGGAAAAUGCCCCAUCAAAUGGCCACCAACCGCUGGCAGAGUCGUUUGUUGCGUGUUCUCGUAAUGGCCAUCGCCGACCUCAAAUUCAAUCAAAAUAGAAUUUAAAUCAAAAACUAAGGAACGAAAUCUACAUGUUUUGGUGCUGAAUCCCAAUUAAACCUAAGAAAAUCGUUCAAAUUGAGUGCAAUUAAGCAGGCAUUAAUUGUGAUUGUGAUUAAAUAAGCAAGCAGAAAUCAAAAGAAAGUGUUUCCCACAUUCCAGGCGCCAUAGGAAGAGCCGCCAAAGGAGUCUCCGUUUGAAUUUAACCGCAGAAACCAGGACACGAGACACUCCAGCGAGACACAGAGCCAAAGAUGUCGUCGGUUAAGGUGGCGGUGCGAGUGCGCCCCUUCAACUCGCGCGAAAUAGGCAGGGAGUCGAAAUGCAUCAUCGAGAUGACCGGGGCCACCACGGCCAUAACCAAUCCGAAGGUGCCGCCCAACACUAGUGAGGCGGUGAAGCGCUUCAACUUUGACUACUCCUAUUGGUCCCAUGAUCCACGUGAUUCGGACUUCUCCACACAAACGAUGGUCUACAAGGACAUUGGCGAGGAGGUGCUGCAGCACUCCUUCGAUGGCUACAACGUGUGCAUCUUUGCCUACGGCCAGACCGGUGCCGGCAAGUCCUACACCAUGAUGGGCAGGCAGGAGGAGCAGCAGGAGGGCAUCAUUCCCAUUAUUUGCCAGGAUCUCUUCACUCGCAUACACGAUACCGAAACCGAUGAGCUCAAGUAUUCAGUUGAGGUCUCUUACAUGGAGAUCUACUGCGAGCGGGUGCGGGAUCUGCUGAAUCCCAAGAACAAGGGUAAUUUGCGGGUGCGCGAGCAUCCAUUGCUGGGUCCCUAUGUCGAGGACCUGUCCAAGCUGGCAGUCACCGACUACCAGGACAUACACGACCUCAUCGAUGAGGGCAACAAGGCACGAACUGUGGCCGCCACCAACAUGAACGAGACGAGCUCUCGCUCCCAUGCCGUCUUCACCAUCUUCUUUACACAGCGUCGCCACGACACGAUGACCGACCUGACCACCGAGAAGGUCUCCAAGAUCAGCCUGGUGGAUCUGGCCGGCUCCGAGCGAGCCGAUUCGACUGGUGCGAAGGGCACCCGCUUGAAGGAGGGAGCCAACAUCAACAAAUCCCUGACCACCCUGGGAAAAGUCAUCUCCGCUCUGGCGGAAGUCGCAUCCAAGAAGAAACACAACAAGAAGGCCGACUUUAUACCCUACCGCGACUCGGCCCUGACUUGGUUGCUGCGCGAGAAUCUGGGAGGAAACUCGAAGACGGCCAUGAUAGCGGCCAUCUCACCGGCGGACAUAAACUAUGACGAAACCUUAAGCACACUGCGGUAUGCGGAUCGGGCCAAGCAGAUCGUGUGCAAGGCUGUGGUCAACGAGGAUGCCAAUGCGAAGCUUAUCCGCGAACUUAAGGAGGAGAUACAGAAGCUGCGCGAUCUCCUGAAGGCCGAAGGCAUCGAAGUGCAGGAAGAGGAUGAGCUGAACAAGUCGACGACGGGUAUCAAGUCGCCCUCGAAGUCUCGUAAUCGCAAUGGCUCCACCACGGAAAUGGCCGUGGAUCAGCUGCAGGCCAGCGAGAAGCUCAUCGCAGAACUCAAUGAAACCUGGGAGGAGAAGCUGAAGCGCACCGAGGAGAUACGCCUGCAGCGCGAGGCGGUCUUUGCCGAGAUGGGGGUGGCCGUCAAGGAGGAUGGCAUCACCGUGGGUGUGUUCUCGCCCAAGAAGACGCCGCAUCUGGUGAACCUGAACGAGGACCCCAAUCUGUCCGAGUGCCUGCUGUACUACAUCAAGGAUGGGCUAACCCGCCUGGGCACCCACGAGGCCAAUGUGCCGCAGGACAUCCAGCUGUCGGGGUCGCACAUCCUCAAGGAGCACUGCACCUUCGAGAACCGCAACAGCACUGUGACCCUGCUGCCUCACAAGGAUGCCAUCAUCUUUGUGAACGGACGCCAGCUGGUUGAACCGGAGGUGCUGAAGACCGGCUCGCGUGUCAUCCUGGGCAAGAAUCACGUUUUCCGCUUCACCAAUCCGGAGCAGGCUCGCGAGCUGCGCGAGAAGAUCACCGAAAACGAGGCCGAGAACGAGGUGGAGAAGGCCGACGCCCCGCAGGUCUCAAGGAAGUUUGGCCAGUGCGAGCUGCUCGAGAAGCAGGGCAUCGACCUGAAGGCCGAGAUGAAGAAGCGGCUAGACAAUCUCGAGGAGCAGUACAAGCGCGAGAAGAUGCAGGCCGACCAGCAGUUUGAGGAGCAGCGGAAGACCUACGAGGCCCGCAUCGAUGCUCUGCAGAAGCAGGUCGAGGAGCAGUCCAUGACCAUGUCCAUGUACAGCAGCUACUCUCCAGAGGAUUUCCACCAAGAGGAGGACGUCUACAACAAUCCCAUGUACGAGUCCUGUUGGACAGCCCGCGAGGCUGGACUGGCGGCCUGGGCCUUCCGCAAGUGGCGCUACCAUCAGUUCACCUCGCUGCGCGAUGACCUCUGGGGCAAUGCCAUAUUCCUCAAGGAGGCCAAUGCCAUUUCUGUUGAGCUAAAGAAGAAGGUGCAAUUCCAGUUCACCCUCUUGACCGACACCCUGUACUCCCCUCUGCCACCCGAGCUGGCCUCGAGUGUGGCACCGCUGCAGCAGGAGGACGAGUUCGGAGCCCCGCCCGUGUCCAAGACCCUGGUGGCCGUAGAAGUCACGGACACCAAAAACGGAGCCACCCACUACUGGUCGCUGGAGAAGCUCCGAUAUCGCCUCGAACUGAUGCGACAGAUAUACAAUGUCGAGAGCCCGCCAUCAUCCAUGCUAUUCGAUACGUCCCGAAUCGAGGCCUAUAGCGGACCACAACCAGACGGCCACUGCCAAGGCCACGGCCAGACUCAGCUGCUGCUGCAAAUGGAGCCCAAUCCGCAGCCCCUUGAAGCCGUGAAAAGAGCCAGCGAAAGAGCCUCACCAGCACGUCUGACAUUGGCCAAUCUGAUACCUUCUAGACAACGCCUGGAGCUGAUGCGCGAGAUGUACCACAACGAGGCGGAGAUGAGUCCCACCUCGCCGGACUACAACGUGGAGAGUCUUACCGGGGGCGAUCCGUUCUACGACCGCUUUCCCUGGUUCCGCAUGGUCGGACGCUCGUUCAUCUAUCUGAGCAACCUGCUGUAUCCCGUGCCCCUGGUCCACAAGGUGGCCAUUGUCAACGAGCGUGGGGAUGUGCGAGGCUACCUAAGGAUCGCCGUGCAGCCGGUGCUGGAUGAGGAGUCGAUCGACUUCAACAAUGGGGUCAAGCAGUCGGCCCGCUUGGUCUUCAACGAGGACGAUGCCAAGCCCAAGUAUCGAGCCUUUAACGACAAGGACGACGUGCAGCGGUACAUCGAUAAUGGAGGACACGACAGCAAGCUGGAGGAGCUCGAGGAUGUGGACUCGGGACGCGGCAUUGACUCGAACUCUGCCUCUGACUGCCCCGAGAACGCCGAAGAGCCGGGCGAGCAUCUGCAGGUGGGCAAGGAGUUCACCUUCCGCGUGACGGUGCUCCCGGCCACUGGCAUUGGGGCCGAGUACGCAGACAUCUUCUGCCAGUUCAACUUCUUGCAUCGCCAUGAGGAAGCUUUUUCCACCGAGCCGGUCAAGAACUCGGCAUCGGGCGCCCCUCUGGGCCUCUACCAUGUUCAGAAUAUAACUGUGCCUGUGACCAAGUCGUUCAUCGAGUACUUGAAGACCCAACCGAUCAUGUUCAAGAUCUUUGGCCACUACCAGACGCAUCCCCUGCACAAGGAUGCCAAGCAGGACUUUGUGUCGCGGCCACCGCCUAUGCGAAUGCUGCCCCCGAGCAUACCCAUCAGUCAGCCGGUGCGCAGCCCCAAGUUUGGACCCCUCCCUUGUCCACCCUCAUCCACGGUGCUGGCCAAGCACGAUGUGCUGGUGUGGUUCGAGAUUUGCGAGCUGGCACCCUACGGAGAGUAUGUGCCUUCGGUCGUGGAGCACAGCGAUGAUCUUCCUUGCCGCGGGUUGUUCCUGCUGCAUCAAGGCAUCCAGCGACGCAUUCGCAUCACCAUUGUGCACGAGCCCACACCUGAGGUCAAGUGGAAGGACAUCAACGAGCUGGUGGUAGGACGCAUUCGCAACACUCCGGAGUCCUCGGACGAACAGGAUGAGGAUGCGUGCGUGCUGUCGCUGGGUCUGUUCCCCGGCGAAGUGCUGGACGUGCCCGGUGACGAUCGCUCCUUCUACCGCUUCGAGGCCGCCUGGGACUCAAGUCUCCACAACUCGGCGCUGCUCAAUCGCGUCUCACAGGGCGGCGAGACCAUCUACAUCACACUGAGCGCUUACUUGGAGCUGGAGAACAGCGCCCGCCCGGCCAUCGUCACGAAGGAUCUGAGCAUGGUAAUCUAUGGGCGCGACGCUCGCACCGGUCCCCGCUCCUUGAAGCACCUGUUCUCGGGCCAGUUCCGUAAUCCGGAGGCCAACCGACUAUCCGGCGUCUACGAGCUGUCGCUGCGUAGAGCAUCCGAAGCAGGUAGUCCAGGUGUGCAGCGUCGUCAGCGUCGCGUGCUGGACACCAGCUCCACAUAUGUGCGAGGGGAGGAGAAUCUGCACGGCUGGCGGCCACGCGGCGACUCUCUCAUCUUUGACCAUCAGUGGGAGCUGGAGAAGCUGACGCGCCUCGAGGAGGUGGGACGAAUGCGGCACCUGCUGCUGUUGCGCGAGCGCCUGGGCAUGGACACCAACCCGAAUCCGACCACCAAAACGGAGAAGGAUGUCUGCAAUCUGGCUGCCCGUGCGGCCACCUCCCCCGUGCACAUGGUCAUUCCUCAAUCGCCACAGACGCCGGUCAAAGAUCCGCAGCAAAUCACGCCAGAGCGCGAGUACAACCAACGGGAGCAGGAUCUCAUGCUCAAGUGCUUGAAGCUGGUGCAAGCUGGACGCUAUGCCAAGAACGAGGCUAAUGACACGCAGACCCAAUCGGAUGUCUCGCCCAGCGAUGAGGGCUGCGCCGACAUGACCGUCAGCUGCAUCUCCAGCAACUCCAUGGAAGACAACAAAUUUGUAAUUCUACGCAGGCUAUGCUCGCCGGAUCGGGCCGAUGCUCCGAAUGGCUGGGAGGCCCCUGCCCCGGCCACACAACCGGCUCUCCCGCUGCGGCUGUACGUGCCGGAGCUGGAGGAGAUUCGCGUCAGCCCUGUGGUGGCCCGCAAGGGCUUGCUAAAUGUCCUGGAACAUGGCGGCUCGGGCUGGAAGAAACGCUGGGUGACUGUGCGUCGUCCUUAUGUGUUUAUCUAUCGCUCGGAGAAGGACCCCGUUGAGCGGGCUGUCCUCAACCUGGCCACGGCCCAGGUGGAGUGCAGCGAGCAUCAGGCAGCCAUGGUCAAGAUACCCAACACAUUCAGUGUGGUGACCAAGCAUCGGGGUUAUCUGCUGCAGACACUCGGCGACAAGGAAGUGCACGACUGGCUCUAUGCCAUCAAUCCUCUUCUGGCUGGUCAGAUCAAAUCCCGCCUGGCGCGACGCACCUUGGAGCCGGCCAGCCAGACGGCUUCCCAGAUCCAGGCCAGCAGUGCCGCGAACGCGAACAGUGCGAACAAAUGAGAUACGAUCACGAUGGAGUCCGUUUUGGUUUACUGAGACGCAGGCUAUGGCUGGCUACAGCGCUUGAGCUUGGCCAGCCGAUUGAUCGGGCGGCGGCGGCAGCAGCUGUCCACCGAUUAAAAGCUGAAAGGAUUCCAUCGGGAUAGCAGUAGAUUUAUGUAGAGAUUGUAGAGCAAAAGCAAAAGCAAAGAGCAAACCAAA